AUGGAGGGGGAACCCCCCUUAAAACGAUUUCGUAAAGGAAAUGACGUUGGCCAAGCAGCAAGAGUGCGUGAGACCGGCGAAAACGAGGAUGCCGGGCCUGAUGGGCAAUCGUCGUUGGUUCCCCCUCCCUUCCUAACCGACACACGCAUUUGUGUCAAUGUGGGUGGUAGCUGCAUCACGACGUUGGCCAGCACGCUGUGCGCGGAGCCGUCGCUAUUGUCAGAGUGGGUAGACAGCGACUUCGCGGGUCUCCCCCGUGACCCCAAGGGAAAUCCAUUUGUGGACCGCGACCCCGAGAACUUUCGACACAUCAUCAAUUACCUGCGCGGCUAUGAGCUGCCCAUUGCCACUGAAAAAGUUGUUUUUUUGGCAGAGGACGCUGAAUUCUACCGUAUUGAAAGGCUGCGCGCUCUGAUCGACCCUCCAGCGCGGUGGCGAUUUGUGAGUGGUCCAGGCGUUUCGCAAGAUAGCAUGCACUUCAGCACGGAGAACAUCCUCGGCAUUUGCGGCAGGGAGCCGUUGCCAGCAAGAGGGAAGUCCAUUUUUAUUCUGCGUGUCGACAAGUGUGAGCUGGUAUCAGUUGGCCUCAUCGGCACAGAAUCGCCGCUUGAGAAUGAGCCGCUGCAAGGUCAGCCGCACUCCAUUGCGUACUGUAACACAGGUGAGCUUGUACAGUGCUUUGAUGAGGAGAAGACAUACGUGUCGGGGACGGGAUUUAAGAAUCAUGACGUUAUCACGGUGCGUGUGGUGUUUGUGCCAGGCCCCAAAGCGAAAAUUGCGUUCCUGUGUGGCACCGUGAAGAACUACGAGGCGGAGUGGCCUGCACCCACGCCUCCAUUGCGAUUUGCGGUGAGCCUGCAUGGAACAUCCGCGGUCACGCUGGAGCGCUGUGUCACAGGUGACAUGAGCAGCGACGAGGAUAGGGAGGAGGCAGGCGGCGUGGACGGAACUGCGUAG